CUAUUUUUUUACACUUUAUGGUAAGGUUGAAAAAAUUUUUUUUUGAUGGAGACGUCUUUUGAAAAUGUUUUGGAUAAAAUAAUAGCAGAAGAUUCCAACAUUGAAUGGCUUAUUAUAACGGAUAGUAAAGGAUAUUGCGUUGGGCAUAGAGGUAAAGUUAACAAAGAGAUAUCUGGAAUAGUUUCCGAAAUUUCUAAUUUAUCCUUCUCUCUUUUUAAUCAAAAUAAAGACGAUGUCGAAAAAUUGAUUGAUAUUGGUGAGAGUGAUAAUGAAUUAAUCACAAUAAAUUCAAAACUAGGAACCAUCUAUCUCAAAUCAAACGGAAAAUAUAUCUUCGCCAUGAAAAUGAAAUGAGCACCUAAUUUUCUUUAUUUUUUUUGCCAAUUAUUGUAUAAAUAUUAUAAGUUACAAUUACAUUUGAUAAUAAAACCUAGACUGACGAUGCAUUCAUUCAUAAUGCAUAUGCAAAUCAGCUGGACCCGCCAUUUUGAUAACCCGUAUAUUAAUUAGUCUCCAUGUUGAAAACUAAACUAUUAAAUUGAUAACUCGCUUCCCCUUAUUAUAUCCAUGAUCAGGCAAUUCCUUUAAUAAAGUUUGCGUCAGACAUGGGGAAUAAAUUUUUUAAUAAUGAUACGGGUAAACAAAAAGGCGUCCCCAGCUGUUUUUUAUCGAUGUUACACUUUUUAAUAAAUGUAUCGUCAGUCUAGGUAUUAUUAUAAUCUCAUUGGAUAAGAAUUUCUAAAAACUUUUCACAAAAAAAAUAUUAUAAAUAAUCUAUCAUUGUUAAUAAUGGAUAUCUACACUUGUUAUUUGAAGAUAAAAAAAACCAACUUUACAUAUAUAUACAUAUUUCCUUCUUUCUUUCAUACAUAGAAAAUAUAUUUUAUAACAUCAUUUUGUUUUACUCAAUAUAGAAGAUACAUUUAUAUUUAUUGCAUUAAGAAUACAAUGUAUAUUUUUUUUAUUAAAUGAAUGAAUAUUUUAUAGAGAUUUUUUUUUAAAAAGUCACAUCACAUAAAACAAUAUACUUAUUUAUAUAUAUAUAAAUAAUUUUUACACUUAUUAUAUAAAUAACGAUAUACAAAUUAAAGAAACGCAUCGUGUACGCAUAAU